GUAAAAGGCUUUGAAACCAGACUAUAUAAUUGUUUGUUGGAUUUUAAUGGCAAAUAUACAGCAAAAUAAGCUGUUAAUAGGACUAGAAUGUUCAACGAUUUCUGAGAAAUAUCAGGUUUUAAAAAAUGGUUAUGAUUUCAUUGGAAUUAAUGUCUUAAACAAAACAUGGAAAAAUCAUUCUUUAAAAAAAUACAUAGGUCUUUCAGAUAAAGAUGUGAAUGUUCAUGUACACGACAUUUCAGAUAUAUUGACAUUUGCCUUAUCUAAUAUUCAAUUGGACUUAUAUGAUGAGCAAAUAGAGAAAUCAAUUAAGAUUUUAUAUGAUGAGGUUCAAUAUGUUUCAUAUAUUGGCAUUUCGCAUUUUGUUUUACCAUUAUUUACACAAAAGACAUCAAUUCCUCAAUAUGCUCGUAUUAUCAAUCAUUUAUUUUCUCUUUCUACAUAUAUACAGUUUUAUAUUUUUUUUUCAAUGAAUGAUUUAACUGAUCCAUUGGAAUUAUGGGAUAUUUGGAAUACAAUUCGUAUAUUAUGUGGCUAUAAUAACAGGUUAUUAUUGGCUUUUGAGAUUGGAAAUAAACUUCCUGAACUAACGACAAUUGCACAUUGGUUUGCUGAACCUAUUGGUCUUUUAAUUAUUCAUUCAAGCAUUUUUGUAUCGAAUUCUGAUGGUGAUUUGGUUCUUCCUCAAGAUCAUCAGACUUUUUAUACUAAAAUUGCUAAAUUUAAACCUAAUGUUCUUCUACGAAUCUCUGAUGAUAUAUCUUUAAGCAAUGAUUUUUCAGUAUAUUAUCAAUAUUUAAGGCAUUUAGAAAAUAUAAGCCCAAUUACUGCAAUUGAGAGAUUUGCAAAUGGGUAUCAGGAUUAUCUUCAAAUUCCUCUUCAGCCUUUGGCAGAUAACCUUGAAAGUAUAACCUAUGAAGUUUUUGAAAAAGAUCAUGUAAAAUAUGAUCAAUAUGAACUUUCUAUUCGUCUGGCUCUUAUGGAUCGUUCUAAAUUGAAUGAACCCAUAUAUAUUGCAAUUGUUGGUGCAGGGAGAGGACCACUUAUAUCAAGAUCUUUAAAAGCUGCUGAAUCUGCUGAUCGUAAGAUUGUUAUUUAUGCAAUUGAGAAAAAUCCAAAUGCUUUUAUAACAUUAGAGCAUAGAAACAAAUAUGAAUGGAAGAAUAGUAUACAAUUAGUACAGAUAGAUAUGCGGUUAUGGAAACCACCUGUUUUAAUUGAUAUUAUUGUUAGUGAACUACUAGGAAGUUUUGGAGAUAAUGAACUCAGUCCAGAAUGUCUUGAUGGUGUUCAAAAGUUUUUAAAUCCAAAAGGUGGAAUUUUCAUUCCAUCUUCAUAUACUACAUAUAUUACUCCAGUUAUGGCACCAAAAAUUUAUGGAAAUAUAUUACAAAUGAAAAAUGAUGCUUCUUUUGAAAUGUUUUAUUCUAUAUGGCUACAUUCAAUACAUUAUCUUGCUAAAAAUAAUGAAAACAUGUUUCAAAAAUUAUGGAAUUUUUCUCAUCCUAAUCCAAACUAUUAUGAUGACAAUUCCAAUUUACAUAAUACAAGAAAGUCAAAAAAUACAUUUAAUAUAUCUUCUAGAGGUAUGUUACAUGGUUUUGCUGGAUAUUUUGAAGCUGUUCUAUAUGAUAAUAUUAAACUAUCUACACUACCAAAUAUAAUUGAUGAAAAAUUAAAAGAUAUGGUAUCAUGGUUUCCUGCUUUUUUUCCUUUAAAAACACCUCUAUAUAUUCCUUCUGGAUCACAUAUUGAUCUUUAUUUUUGGCGUCAAACUGAUUCAAAAAAAGUUUGGUAUGAGUGGUUAACUGAAGUUUAUAUGACUUCUUCAAAUACACAAAAUGAUCAACAUUUAUAUCAAACUAAUCCUAUUAAAAUUGGAAUGACUGGUAUUCAUAACUACAAUGCUUCUUUUUUUAGUAUUGGUUUAUCCUAAAUAUUUCCUCCUCAGACAACGUAUAGCUGAUAUCUGCUGAUUAAA